AACAGCAACCCUACAAUUAUUCAAAACAGUAUACAACAUUUCUCUCACAAAAAUCUUAAUCGAUACCGAUAUGCAGACCAAUUAGUGCUAGGUCACGUGUCUUUUAUAAUUAAUUAUAGGAGAUCAUUAAUUUACACUAACCUGUCUCGGACGGAACAAUGUGUUUUUCCCGUUUUUCAACUAUGUUUUUCCCGGUCGGAAUAACGCUGCUCCUGUUCACACACUAUGUGUAUAAAUGUUUAUAUUCUGUCACAAAAAUCGAGAACUGGCAAAUCGUUGCAUUUUCUUCGAGCAUUGAGUUAUUAUUAUUAUUAAAGCUCGUUUUGUUUUUCUAUAUGAUUUUGACUAUUCGCCAGUCCAACAAGUGUGCCUGCCGCGUAUCUUUUUUUCUGCGCGGAAGUAGAUGUCCAUUGAAUAUUAGAACAAGCAUAAACAGGGUUCGCUUGAAGAGGACACGACUGGUCGAACAUUUUGCGCAUUCGCGAUGAAGCUGUCGUUAUGGCUCUCGUUUUCGGAAGCACGCGUAGUCAGGGUUACGUUUUCUAAUUCAUGAUCCGAUGUAUACGUUCUGAGACUUAAUGAACUUACUAAUUAUAUGGACUUACUAAUUAUAAGUUCGUUGUCCUAUGUCCUAUAAUCUAACUAGACCGGCUGAGCCUGGAUGUGCAUAACAAGAACUUCACUUCAUUCACUUUUCAAAACUGCGUAAAAUAGAGAUCUCAUUUUAUCAUUAUUAAGAGUAAAAAUUAAAGACAUUUAUAAAGCAUUAUAACUUUUUUGUAACAACGACACAGCAAAAUAGUGUGUACUCCGUUAUGUAGAAUAAUUCUAUCGUGUAACUAAUAAACUACCAAAUUAAUUAAUAGGAAUUACGUAAUCUCAACAGUUUAUUUAACCCAUAACUGUCUCUACAAAUGUUCAUGCUUCUGUGCAGCCUGGGCGGAAGAUCGAUUUGAGAACUCCUAAUAUUCAAAACGCACGAUACAUACACACCGUAUGUCUUAGCAUGACACCUACUUCAAUAGCCAGCGCAUGCUCACAAGUCUCGCUCUCGUUGACUAUCAUGGCCAUCGUCAUACCCGCUGCCUCAUGCGGCCUCUGUACAUUGUACCGUCUUACCCAAGCUUUCGGAUUUUAUCUUUCUCUACGUCCUCUUUCUUUCAUACUGCUUGUUCAGGUGUAAUAGAUUGGUGUUAGCUAGAUGGCACCAUUUCCCAUUUACCAUGUUAGUAACAACAGUUCAGUGGCUCGAUCUGGUGGAAUGUGCAUCUCGCCAAAUGUUUUCAUACAUAUCCCUUGUUUAUACACAUGUCCGGCUCCUGAGCCAUUUAUAGUUUGUUGUUGCGUGCUGCUGUUGCUGGUGCUUCUGCAACGACGGCUAUUGCUGUUUUGUCCUGAUUCCAUGACAGAAGCGAGUGCGUACCGUAAAUUAAUGCAUACGAGCGUCAGUAGUAGCUCGUAUACUCUCUUCGUCAAAACAGUCUUAGUUUGAGCUUCCCUCACCCUUUUGUAGGUGCCGCCGCUGCUGUGGUGGUCGAUGACGGGCAAUAGGUUGUCGUCGUGGUGGUGCAAAUAGGCAGACAUCGCCUUCAUCUUUGACAUUUCGAUCUGCAGCCAACGCUCGCAAUGGCGUUGGCUAUAUACUACAUGCAUGUUCAAGCGUGCUGCGUUGCUGUUUUUGUUUAGGAGUGUGAGAGUAUUCCGCUAACGAGCCGCUUGCCAGAAUCGGAGAAUCGGUAGUCGGUAUGGAGAAGGUGAGUCCGUCACGGAAGGAACCCUAGCCGCGUUGCUAUCGUUGCCCACUGGCUGCUGACACAGCCAGGGAGACAAAAAAAGAAAGUACGCACGUUUGAUCGCUGGUUUGUCCUGCUGGCAAAAACUGGUUCCUCUCUUUCUCCUAGAAGUGCCGCCUCAGCAGCUGCCGCCGCUGUUCUUCUCUUUGUCUGGCUCAUACUGACUAGGAGAGAGGGCAUCAUGUGCACAGAGUUUCGCUACGUACGACUUCAGGGUUUCGUGUGCUGACCGACAGAUGGCGCUAGCAACGAUUCUAUGCUGCCAUUAACGUCCACUAGCUGUACCACUGCGGCAGCAGCAAUAUAGGCACCGGGUUGCAUGGGGUCGCUGUUUUGAGCUUCUCUUUUUCAUCUUUUUCUGCUCCCGCACACGGAUGAUGCUGAACACGAUUAGGAGUUAGUGGCUGCUAGUUAGCCAGCCAGCCAUGGUGAUGCUGCAGGUUGUCUAGUUAGCUGCGCUCAGGCUUCCGCUUCAUCAGGUCCCCACAACGUUCGCUUUAGCAGUGAAUACAUGAGACACUUGCAGGAGCCUCGAGUAGUGCUUAAUCGGAAAGCAAGUCAUAAAUAAGUUAGCUGAGGGGAGGGGCCAAGUGUCCUGACUCGGAAAUGUAGUAUAACGACAGCGAACAGCAGUUGCUAGGGUCGUAUUUGUCGUGAUCGUUUGUCUGCCGGCUCCUAUAGUGUUCCGGUGCCCGUUAUGAUUUCAGUUAUUUGUGUGCUGUGUACCAUGUGUGCUGGUGUGUACAUUGUGCCUGAGCCUGCAGCACCGUCCGUGUUCUUCGUCGUGCUCUGUUGUCGCUCAUCUCCGUCGAUCAAGUGCCGUCAUUAAAUUUCUGUUAACUUAGUGUUUCAUCUUCGUUUAGUUAUUGUUAUUGCUGUUGACAUCAUUGUUUUCGUCAGAAUCUUCUCUUGCAGUACAGGCAGUCACCACAGCCGCCGUUGGGCCCUGUGCUUCUGCAUGCUUCUGUUGCUUGUGCGUUGACAACGCGGUCGCUCCUGCUUACGCCGAAGGACCACCGCUAAACGGUACGGCCAUGAUACGACGACCGUGGACAGGAAACAGAUGCGUCUGAUGUGCACCACUUGGGUCAGUACGACCAACACAAGCUUCGCUACGACGGCAAAAGCCCCAUUAAAACUACUCUGAGGACUACCUUCGGCAGCGACAACAACGUCCGUGCAACUGCGAUAGCUGUGAAACGAUGUAGCGUUGACGAUGAAAACAGCCCCGAUACUAUUACCGCGCCAAGGGGGUUCAAGCACCAACGCCAACAUUGCUAAUCGCAGUAAAACUAGCUUCACGACUUCAUUGUAAUAGACUCAACCAUUGUUGCUCGGGUUUUCUUCCAUCCUUCGGUUCAUCUGCAUGAAACGGAGGCCGGCUCCGUAUACUAAUUAUUAUUGCCUCCAUCAAUUCGUGUAUAGUGCACACUUGCAUAGUAGAGGUAAAUAGCGACUAUCCGGACAGACUGCUCUGAGUCAGACGUCCAUGGUGGAACUAAUCGUGUGCAAUCGGCGUUAUUGGUUCUAAGCCACGAUCACCAAGAUGGAGUUGCACGAAUCCAGUCAGCGUUAUUGAUGUUCAUAUUAUAUACCUACUAUAUGAUGCGCCAUUAUCCGCGCUUCUGCUAAGGUAGACGUGAAAAAUUCAGGAAAAAAAAGCGGCAUCCUGUGUAUUGCUUUGUUGUUCUGUUAAGCGUCUUCACACCUCAGUCCUGCUUGUAGGUAACUGUGAUCCUCUGAAGCUGAUAGAGAAAGUGUGCAUCGUAUUCUAAGAAAGAAAUUAUCGUUUACCUGUGUUGCUAUUUUUGUGGCAGUUGAAAUGCUGGUGAAUAGAGGUCAAGACAGUGUAUCCUUUAACGGUGUUUUCAAACGGACAAAGCGGUGAAAGUUGAUACUGAUCAACCAGGCGUGUAGACGCAGUUCCAUCAGCGGAUUCAUCGGGUGAACCAUUUUGCCUGUUUGUCCUGCGCCUCAUUGCCACUUCAAUGUUGGACCUAACCGGAGCUGUUUCGUGCAAAGCUAGUAUCCUACACCUGCAUCUGCUGUUUAUUUUGGUUUGUAGCUUUGCACUUUGUUCACCACCUCUCUACCGACGCCUAUCUCAGUUCCCACGGAUUACAUGGCCCUGCUGUCUUGUGUGAUCGACAACGAUGUGUGUACUACCGGAUCAAAUACUGAAUGAACUCAACCUGAGAUGAGGCCCAGCCGGUAAGCGGGCGUGCUAUCGGCGACUUACCUCCUGCUAGCUGGUGCUCGAGUUCAAUGCUAACGUAACGUCGACCUGUUUUCGUUAAUGUUGCUCGCCAACCACACAUCAGUAUCUUAAUAUCAUUCGAUCGAUGAAGAAUCGAGGGCGUUGCUUUGUGCGGUUAACGACACAUAAAUGGGACGAGUCCAUGAUCUGACGCUGUUUACCGUUUCGUUCUCGAAGUCUUCUGGUUCCGAAAACACUCGAAACCUAAAGAUCCCGUGGGAGACACGGACAACAUGCAAUCAUGUUACGAGUUACUCAACGUUCCUCUAGCCAAGGUACCCAACUACGGUUUCGGCAUUGCCGUCAGCGGUGGCAGAGAUAGUUCGCUUAGCGACAAUCCUGAGGGGAAUAUUGUCAUCUCCGAUGUGCUGAAAAAUGGACCAGCGGAGGGUAAACUUUUAAUCGGUGAUAUCGUACUCAGCGCCAAUGGGAUCUCGCUAGAGCGUGUCGAUUACUCAAGAGCGGUACAGGUUCUGCGUGAUUGUGAAACCGUCGUGAAACUGCUCAUCAAGCGCCGGCUUCCCCCUCAAGGACCUCCAGCCUCAACGACCGGCCACGCACACGGCAAUAACAUGCACGGCGUUCAAUCCAUGCAGUCUUCGUCGGCCAAUUCCAACCCUAAUAUUAUAUCCGUAAAAUUGCAAAGACUUAAAAAGAAGGAAGACUUUGGCAUUGUUCUAGGUUGCCAGUUAUACGUCAAAGAAAUCGCGGGCCGCUCUAUUGCUCAACAGGAUAACACUUUAAGGCCCGGAGAUGUGGUGCUCAAACUUAAUGAUCAACUAACAGACAACCUGUCACUUAAGGAAGCUCGCAAACUUAUUGACAGCGUUAAGAACUGCAUUAGUUUGGUCGUACGGAGAGAUGGAAAUGACAGCUCCAACGAGCUCACACAACUUAGGUCUCCUGUCGGACGAUUGGAAGGAAAUGGCGAUCGGAAUACUCUCAGUGGGCCGGAUAGAGAGAAUCGCAUGCUCGGAUUGCCGCCCGGAUCCCCCGGAACACCGCUCAAUAACAAUCUACUCAAUAAUAACAACAAUAAUAACACACUUACACAUGCAUUCAAUGGGACAAGUACACCUACGAAAAUCCCCAAAAGAAACCUACCGCUCAAUGAUGUCAUUGAAGAACUUACCGCUCGGACACCCCCUCAGAUGCCGCCCAUUUGCGACGCGCCCGUACGAACCGUCCUAUUAGAGAAGCCGCCUGAAGGAUCUGUUGGGAUUCGUCUAACUGGUGGAAACAAGGUGGGUAUUUUUGUCUCAGCGGUCCAACCUGGCAUCGCUGCUUCGCUGCAGGGUUUGCAGCCUGGAGACAAACUACUCAAAGUCAACCAAGUGGAUAUGACUGGCGUAACUCGGGAAGAUGCCGCCAUGUUCCUUCUGCGCGUGCAAGAUCGCGUUACGCUCGAAGUUCAGCUUUGCAAACAAGAAUACGACGAGAUAGUUGCGGGUCAACUGCAUGGCGAUUCAUUUUACGUUAAGACAAAUUUCGCCCACGACCCGACGCCCGGACAAGCCGUCAAGGACGCACUGUCGUUCAAGAGUGGAGAGAUCUUUCAUGUUGUUGAUACGCUUCACAAUGGAGCCGUCGGACAAUGGCUUGGUUAUCGCUUAGGCAGAAACCAGCAGGAGAUCCAAAAGGGCGUAAUCCCCAAUGCAAGUCGGGCCGACGAAUACGCUCAAGAACAAUCCGCUCAACUCAAGAAGGACAAAGAACUUGACAGCCGAAGUAGCUUCUUUAAACGGCGCGGCCAGCGGCGCUCAAAAUCACUUAUAAAGGACCAUGGUGCAGAACCUAUUUACUCGGAGCAAUGUCGACUGGUUGCCUACCAACGCGUGACGUUACGUCACCCAGGCUUCGUUCGACCUGUGGUUAUACUAGGAGCGAUAGCUGAUGCCGCUCGCUCACGUCUUCUGCACGAUUUUCCCGAGACAUUUGCCGCUCCUCUAUUUGAUACAGUCCCUGGCGCAGGCGGUGACUCAGGCUCUCCAGCCGUGAUCCGCCUUAGCGCGAUCAAAGAGAUCAGUAAACGUGGCCAGCAUGCUGUUCUCGACGUAACGCCAUCGACCGUUGAGCGACUGAAUUACGCACAAUUCUACCCGAUUGUGGUGUUCAUGCGCGUCGAAAGCAAACAUGUCGUCAAAGAAGUCCGCAGCCAGUUGGCACCGUUAAUGCCUGCUGGACGUGGGCUGAAAAGCUCACGCAAGCUGCUUGAACACGCAGCGCGUGUGGAGAAAACGCACGCACACGUCUUUUCUAUCACGAUUCCCGUAACCGCUGGUGGAAGUGACGGAUGGUUUCGCACGCUUACCGAAGCAAUCGAACGGCAACAGAGUCAAGCAAUUUGGACGGCCGAAGCGAAGCCCGACUCGCUGAUCACGGAUGAUUUCCUGUUCCCAUCACAGCCGAAUCGCCUCAGUUACGCGUCCUCACCAGAGAGCGACAUCGAGCUAGCUAACGAGCACCAAAAUGAAGACUCGUACGCGAUCGGCCGACUGGUGAAGUCGUCCAGUGACCCGUCGCUUAUCGUCUCCGCAGAUGAUCAAGGAGCCGCAGGUGAGGGACCCACACCUUGUAAUGCCGGCGCUCCUGACACCUUCGCAGCAAAUCCUGCUAUUCAAAGUCCAGUGCAGGGGGGAGCAAUUAACUCGCAAUCGACACCGACUGGUAUUCAACCAAGUCUGCCGGACAAUGACACCUACGUGAGCUCUUCGCUGAUUCCGAAGAAGAGCCAUGGAGGUAGUCAACUGAACGAUUCAAGCCCGCUGUAUGAUUCAACGCCACCGCGAGCACCACCCUCUGGUGUUCCGCCAUCUGCUCCCGGAUCGCUAGCAGCUUUGCGAGGUGGCCCCGAUCGGUCGACGCCUAUUGACGUCCUCCAACAGCAACAGCAACAUCAGCAACAGCACCAACAACAACAUCAACAACAGCACCAGCAACAACAUCAACAACAACAGCAGCAGCAGCAGCAGCAGGAACUUAUGUACACAAGCUCAUCAUCGGAAAUGGCUCAAUUACAACGAAGGUUACACGAACAAAAGCUCCACGAAAUCUACUCGACGAAGGAGGCAGUACUACGUCAGACAUGCCACACGCCGCAGGCCAAUAUAGAUACACCGGGAGCCACCGGAUCUAGCCUGUCACAGCUGCCGCCGAAGGUUGAUCGUACUAACAAACCUCAACGUUUUAAUGGAAUGGCUCCGACGGGUUACGCGAUGCGAAUGACCCCACAGAAUCCAACCCGUUUCCCCAGUGCCACCGACUCUCCUCAACCACUGCCCGAUUCAGACUACAUCAAUGCGCAACAGGUUGCUCAACAACGGCAACUGCAUUCAAGGCAAGGUUCGAUGGGUCUCAGUAACCAUGAGCCACCAUCAGCGCGUCUACUCGACGAAAGUCCAUAUGGAUCAAGGGCUAUGCUUGUAGGCCGAAACCCCAUGGGUCCUAUGGGUGGUCCUAUGACGCUACCGCCACCUUUGAAAAAGCCGAUCCCUCCUCCACCGCCUCGCACACCGUCAAAGCCUGGCGUAGGCCCGCCGGGGGCCAGAGGUACCCCAAAUGGACAGCGGAUCCAUGAUACGAUGAAUUCACCACACAACAUGAGCGGUUCAGUGGAUCGCCGUACGCCUGGAGAACGAGACCUUGUAAUGAAAAAUGCUCCGCCGCCGUACUCGGCUUACCAGGGAAUAAAUGUCAUCUCAAACAAUAACAACAAUAUAAAUAACAGUUCGGACUAUGGAACUUACGGUAAACCACCCGGAGGCCCAGGAAGUAUGGGCGCAUCUGGGGGCCGUGCUCCACCCCCUGCAGUAGCGCUCGACAGUCACAAUUAUGUGAGCCGGGCCGGGAGCAAACGCACAAAUCUAUUCCCUCCACCGCCGCCACUAACACAUACCCACUCGUCGAACUCGAAUCAGAUUCUUAUCACAAAUAAUAGCAGCAAUCAUAUGAACAACAACGGGAUAAAUAAUACUCUAAACAGCAAGAUGGCUCACGAGGUCAAUAACAACAACAACAACAAUCAGAUGUAUAGCAAUCAGCAACAGCAGGGUCCUGAUGGAAACAACGCCUCUGUGUAUCAAAUGAACAGCGGCCUCUAUCUGAACGUGCCAUAUCCACCAAGUCCAUAUCGGGGGGCCGGUACACUAAAUCAACGAGGAGUAAAUCCAGCAGCAGGUGGCGCUAAUUACGAAGGGAACAGGGCCAGCGCUUUUGAACUCUAUAAGAAGCCUGAUCAUUCUGGAGGUCACGGAGGUCCAGUGCUAGGCCAUAGUCCCGCUUACAAACGUACCAUGUUGAAUGAUGUCGACGAUGAAUACGCCAAUCUGGGAGAUAGGCCUCGUGAACGGCGCGAUGAUCCGACGCCUCCAGGUGCUGGCACUGUUGUCGCGUACGUCUCGGGCGUGUUCGGAUCUGCAGGUGGCCGACUGUAUUCAGAACGGACCGGGGUCUCACUAGUGAUACCGGAGGGUGCCAUCCCUGAAGGCGUCCAACAAGAAGUCUAUUUUCAGAUCUGUCAGGACGAAGCUAUGCAACCACCACUCGACCGCUAUAAAGGAGAGACCCUGCUGAGUCCGUUGGUUAUGUGCGGCCCACAUGGCCUUGAGUUCCUGAAACCCAUCGAGCUUCGGCUACCCCAUUGCGCCGGGCUCAACCCGGACAAUUGGUCCUUCGCUUUGAAGUCCACGGAUACUGCGGGUGGAAUGCCUGCCGAAUGGCAAAACGUGUCGCUCGAUAGUGGCAUAAAAGGGGUUGGCUCGUCACAGGUUAAGGACGACCAUAUUCUUGUUAAGGCCCAUCGCUUCUAAGAUCUGGGAUCGUCUUCUUAGGACGUCAUUUUUUCACCUGUUUUCAAAUCAAUCAAAUAUAGAUGAGAAGUAAAUUAAGUCUAACAAUUCUGUGUCUACGCAUAUUCCUUAUAGAUGAGUACAAUAGAUUAUAUAUAUAUAUGUAGAGGAAGGGAGAGAGAGAGAGAGAGAGAGAAAGCAAUUAGUGAAUUACUGCAUCGUCUGUAAUGAAAAACUAACGUGUCUUCGCAGUCUAUAUUUCGUGUCACAAAAACGCCGCCAAAUUACUAAGAUGUUUAAAUUCCAAAAUAGCGCUAUCUGUAUUAUAUGCCAACUCGUUUUGCGAAGCUUUCGUUAAUAGAAUCAGAUAGGGUAGAAGUGGAAGUAUCCCUCCUAUAUCUUAUUCAAGCUUAAAGAGCGUCAAGCUUAUGAAUAUAAAAAUAUCGUUGUGUCUCGUAUAACGGAAUGGACCUGUAGUAAAACGAGCAGCAGCUGUAGUGAGUACUUCUAUGCACAUAUAAUGUCUUUACCGAUAUCGAUACCUGAAGUUGUUUGAGAAUCCAAAUUAGGCGCGUAAUUUGGGGACUUACCUUUGGUGGUGUUUAACAAUCAGUAACAUGAGCAUUGUCCAAAAAGGUUAUGAUGUAAGUUAAAGUUCGCAGCAGCCGGAGUACCAAUUAACAAAACACCAACUGAAAGCCAAGUACGGGAGUGAGAAGCCUUAACGAGGUAAAAGCACCAAACCAAAACUGGUGCAAAAUUCUGUAGAUAUUAAUAAACACAAAAACCUAUUAAUUAUUUUAAUUAUAGUUGAUAUUAUUGUGAUGAUAAUAAAGUAAAUAAACGGUGGUAAUGGAUAAUCUGUUGCCAGUCAUCGGA